UCACGAAACUGCUUUCGUGUUUUUUUUAACUACACUCCCGUAAGCAACUGAAACGCCAACUUUUGAAGUUUUUCUGGUCAGAAAUGAUUGCGUUUGGAUUCAGCCUUGGUGGUGCUUCACGUUUUCCUUGGUGAAAUGAAAUGAGAUAUCUAGAAUUCAAAAAUAAAGGGCCUCAUUAUGUAUCUCUGCCUGACCUGGAAUUCUCCGUGUAGACCACGCUAAUUCACGGAGAUUGCCUGCUCCUCCCUCCCGAGAUCUGGGAUCAAGGGCAUGAGCCACCACACCUGGCGAGAUUUUAACUUUGCGUCUUUCAUGGAUGAAGCAACCAGAAAUCCCUGUGGCUGAUUAACCUCUGCGUCACUGAAUUAAGAGCUGACCGAGCAGUCAUGUCAGGAGAGUCGGUCAAGGAGUCACAGUUCUCCCUGAAGACGGCCGCCCUGAGGGUGUUUGAUCUCCCUGUGUCUUGGUACUGUUCUCUCUCCCAGAUCAAACUUUCACCGGUAGCUAAAAAGUUGUUUGUGGUAACGGCUGUGAGCGCUAUCUCUGUAAUUUUUUUUGCCCAUCACUUUAAAAGAAGACGUGGGAAAAAGAAAGGAAAAAUCCUUCCAUGGGAACCAGAGCAUCUCAUACUUGAGCACGCUAAGAGAGCAGCAUCGGACAAAGGUUCAAGUUGUUCCAGUAGUAGACAGAAUUUGACCUUGUCCCUAAGUUCCACCAAGGACAAAGCAUCGCAGUCUUACAACUACACCAAUGGAGGACUUCUCAGCAAAUACUCGGGUUCUGCCCAGAGCUUGGCCUCUGUCCAGAGUGUCAACUCCUGUCAUAGCUGUGCCUGUGGAAAUUCUAACUCCUGGGACAAAGCAGAUGAGGAUGACAUCAAACUCGUCAACAUUCCUGUGACCACGCCUGAGAACUUGUACUUGAUGGGGAUGGAAUUGUUUGAAGAGGCGCUGCGUCGAUGGGAGCAGGCCCUGACCUUUCGCAGUAGACAGGCUGAAGAGGAAGCCUGCAGCUCCGUUAAGCUGGGAGCCGGAGACGCCAUUGCUGAAGAAAGUGUGGACGACAUAAUUAGCACGGAAUUCAUCCACAAACUGGAGGCUCUGCUACAAAGGGCCUAUCGUCUCCAGGAGGAGUUUGAAGCUACCCUUGGGGGAUCUGACCCUAACUCCCUUGCAAACGAUACAGAUAAAGACACGGAUAUGAGCAUGAAGGAGACGACGGAUGACUUUGGUCCGCAGGACACUUUGAACAGCGAAUCAGAUCUCUUUGCUUCAGCAGCAGAGCUUACAGAGCACAGAGAAGCACGGCACACCUACAGCCUGGAGUCCUUCUGUCGAUGUCCUUUUUAUGAAGAGGCCAUGCAUUUGGUGGAAGAAGGGAAAAUUUACUCCCGAGUACUGAGAACUGAGAUGCUGGAGUGCCUGGGAGACAGCGACUUUCUCGCCAAACUGCACUGUAUCCGGCAGGCUUUCCAGGUGAUUCUUUCAGAGGCAGCCAACAGGAUAUUCCUUGCUCAAAGUGGAAGGAAGAUUUUAUCCGCUUUAAUUGUGAAAGCACGGAAGAAUCCAAAGAAAUUUGAAGAUGUUUUUGAUGAAAUGAUCUAUUUUUUAGAGCAGACUGAUCACUGGGAUAGUACUGAGAUGGAACUUGCCGCCAGAGGGGUGAAAAAUUUAAACUUUUAUGACGUGGUUCUGGAUUUUAUCUUAAUGGAUUCCUUUGAGGACUUGGAAAACCCACCAACAUCCAUACAGAACGUGGUGAACAAUCGCUGGCUUAACUCUUCCUUCAAGGAAACAGCUGUGGCUUCUAGUUGCUGGUCGGUGCUAAAACAGAAAAGGCAGCAGAUGAAGAUCUCAGAUGGAUUUUUUGCCCAUUUUUAUGCCAUUUGUGAGCAUAUAAGCCCUGUCUUAGCCUGGGGCUUCUUGGGACCUAGAAAUUCUCUCUAUGACUUAUGCUGCUUCUUUAAGAAUCAAGUUCUUUUCUUUCUCAAAGACAUCUUUGACUUUGAGAAGGUCCGCUAUUCGAGCAUAGACACGUUGGCGGAGGACCUGUCUCACUUACUCAUCCGCCGCACGGAACUGCUGGUCGCCUGUCUUGGUGCGGAUGCCCUGAGGCAUGCCACUGCUUGUACUAGUGGCCAUGGCCACGCCGUGUCCACCACGCUGGUAGAAGGCAGAGUACAGUAAGAACUGAAGAGGCUUGAGGGUGCCGUCCAGUACCUUAAAGUGACUACUGACUUUGUGACAGUCAGCAUCCACAGAAUUGUCGCUGUGGACUCAGGGAGCAGAAAGGAAGUCUCAAAGAAUGGGUGACUGUACUGUAUGUACGCAGAAAUUCUGUCAUUGAACCCACGUGUGACACGUCCAGAGCGACGUUUUAAUAACCCUUAGGUAAUAACUUAAGUUAUGAAAUGUUUCAUAUUCUGUGGCCGUUGCUUGAAUGGAAGCCAAUACUUAGGAGUCCGUUAAGUGUCUUCACACUGUCUGGAAUGUCCACUAUCACUCUCAAAACACGUCUCGAUGCUUUGCACCUUGAAAAUACACUAGCCCAAGAUGAUUGGGGGUCGCGUGUGCAAGAAUUUAUGGCUUCCAGCGUCAACAUAUCUAACUUUGCCUGAAAUGUAUUCUCAGCCAUCAAGUUAUCUCUUCGUUUAAUCAAAUGUAGGCAAUAGUGGUGUUUAACUGUACUGUUUGCCUUAUUGCUUGUAUAUUUGCUUUUGUAUUUGAAUCAAAGAGAUUACAAUCACCAAGGAUUAGUAUACAGAUCCGCCGUGGAUGAAACUGAGCAGCUUACAGUGUGUUCCUUGUGGAGGGCACCUGCAGUGUCCAGAGUAUAUUGCUGUUGUCCUAUGAGUUAUAAUACACUGAGGUAUUUUUUAUCUUUUUACAAAUCAUAGCGGUUUUCCUCAGAUGAAUAUUAAAUUUGAAAAGAUAUAGUUUACCAAGCAAAAGAAUACAAGUCUUAUCCCCUUUUAAAUGUAAUGCUGAGGCGUAAGAUAUUAAGCCUGGUAGGAUUGAGUAGCUUCUGCUUUCUGGGUCAGCAAAGCAAAUGUGACUCCCCACAGCGACCUCAGCACACUGCAAGCUUGCCGUGUUAUGCCCACAGUUUAAAACUGCUCACACUUUGAGCUUGGGUUUUAAAGGAUUUUUUUCCCCUCUCAGAAACGGAACACAAAUAUUCCAACAGGGGAUAUGUCCUGUGUCCUUAUGAUUAAAUAUAUGAACAAGUGGCAAGGUAUAUCAUGUAUUUUCAAGCCCUGUUACCUUUCGGAUGAUGCACCGCUUGUUCACCGGUGGAUUGGAUUUGUUGACUUGUGGUCCUAGAGAGGGCUGCAUUAGUUUCAAGAGUGAGCUAUACAGAAAGAUCUGAAAUGCGUUUUUUUAAAAAUGCAUUUUCAGAUUAAAGUGCCUAGAUUAAGGUUAAUGGUGAGAAAAUAAAAGGUAGAAAUACGUUUAAUUUUUUUAAGAUUUUAAACUUAAUACGUACGUGGUGACGUAAAUUAGUUAGAAGAUGUAAAAUUUAGACUCGUGCCAUUAGUGUGUAUAGGCUGUUAGGGCCCUAAACUUGUCUUGAUGCGCAAUGCCUCGCCCUCUCCUACAUCCCUUUUAAUUUCCUAACUGCCUUGCCAUGAUUCUUGCUGAUGACAAGUACCAAGACGCAUCGUAUCCUGCUUCCUUUUUUACUUUCACAUUAGAUGUGUCUCCCUUCUGAGGUGUCCCUGGGUUGUGAGUGACACGCGUGCAUGCCUGCUGUGGUCACCUCGGAGCCAGGACAGUUACGGAUUGUAUUAGUUAAUGUGGGAGAGCUAAUCGUUUUGCGCUAAGGUUUUUUAUAAGCGGGAAAAAUGCUGCUUGAAUUGGUUUUUGAAGACUUGCACUAUGUAGCAAUAACGCUGCCGCAACAUGAGAUAAUCUGGGGUGGGUGGCCUCUCCAAAAAGUGUUUGAUUUCUCCGUCUUUAAGUUUCAGUUAAAAACAAAUAAAUAGUCCAUCUUCAAGAAAGGGUUGGUUUGACUGGGAGGCGGUGUCAUACUCCUUUGAUCCCAUCCCUCGGGAGGCAGAGGCAGGCAAAUCCGUGUGAGUUCAAGGCCAGCCUGGUCUACAGAGCUAGUUCCAGGACAGCCAGGGCUACACAGACAAACCCUGUCUUGAAAAACCAAAAUGAAAGAAUGGGUUGGUUUUUGGAACCGAAGUGCUUAAAUUUGAUGAGUUUCUGGUGAGCUAAUUAGAACACUUACCAGAUCCUUUCUUUGUGGCCUUUGACAAAAAGAAAUAAGGAUGACCAAAUAAGAUUGGGGGGCAAUAAAUACAGGAGAAAAAUCUUUUGGGGGUGGGGGUGGGGAAGCUUAAGUUUUUAAAGGAAAAUGUCUUUUUAAAAAGAACUUCUCUGACUUGACUGUUGGAAAUACCUAAGAGAUACACACACACACACACACACACACACAACCAGUUUUGAUCAAACUAGAGGCUAGAGCCUGUUGGGGGCAGGCAGCUAAUAGGACUCAUGGCAUUAACUGAGGAUCAGCUGCCAUAGCCACCCUACACAGGAUGUAAGAGGGCAGAGUUAAUCCCAAGAAAAGUCUUCCAGAAAAAAAGGAAAAACAUUCAGUUGAUUUAUUUUCCUUUGUUUCUCUCUGUUCUUGUUCAGCUAAAAUGAUAGUUUUCUUGCCAAAGGUUAACACUAUGUCCGUGAAGUGACAAAAUGGAGGUCUUUUUACAGGAGGCCAAGCUCUCUGUUGUCAAAGUCAGCUCCCAAGACCUGUGCCUGUCUCCUGAGUUAAUGCUCCCCUUUUGCAUCUGUUCACCGUGACCCUGUGGAUUUGUUGAGCUAACUGACUACACAGGACUACUUGCAAGUGUUUGCUUGCUUUAAGAUGUAGUGUUCCCUCCUUAAUUCCAGGCAGUUAGCCCAGAAAUGAGUGACACCAAAGUAAGGUUGACAGAGUGGCGGAGACCUCCUCCGGGGCCUGUCACGAUCAGAACUGGGAGUUACGUUUGUAACUCUUGCUGUAACUUUUAGUAUGAACAUGGAUUCAGAAAUUAAUUGGGAUGUAACUCCAAACUGACUAUAAAGAUAAGUUAAAAUCUGUAAAUUUUCUAACUAACAAAUAAUGUAUGUGAGAUGUAAGAGUUUAUAUAACCUGUGAUAAAUGGACGUGUGAAACA